ACCACUCAAACAAUCUCCAGAACAAUAUUUAGUAGUCCAAUUAGGCCCUGUCCCGGCCCAUUAAUCCGUCAAAGUCGAACCUCCUUGGCAUCCAUCAUCCUAAGCUGUGAUCUUGCAAGCAUGGUAGAUGGUAGCGCUGAGAAGAAACCGGCAGAAUACAGAUCUUUAUUAUCAGAAGGAAGAGGAGAACACCACCAGAUGGCUCGCAAAGUCAAAAAGUGUCAACUGCAUCGAGGACAUAAUCCUGUCAGACAACACUGUGUAGGGAUUUUUCUGCUUGUGGGUUUUACUGGUACAAGAAUAAAUAGGUGUUGCAUGUCGGACAGACUUCGACUCCGAGUGAGAAGAUCCAAGAGCAACAUGGAUCUUUGAUGGCCACAGUUUUAUCUGGCAGCAAUGUACCCAUUAUCUGUGCGUUGCCAGUCUCGAGAAGUUGUCGAUUCUUUCGUUCAGCAGCUGAGGAGUGAUGCCUUCCCUGUGACCAGUCUCUCCAUCAGCCUUUUGUUCAGAGAAUUGGCAUCUGCGAGUUGUAGCUUCUUCGGUUUGCAGUGCAGUUCCAUAUGCUUUCACCUUUAUUUGUUUAACUAUGUAAUGCAAACUAUCGAAAUCACUAAAUAAAGGAGACAUUUUGAUGCCAUCGUGGGUAAAGCGGCAAUAAACUGCCGUGUGAAAUGAUCACACGGUAGUUCCUUUCUCUGUCCGACAUUGUCGCAUGUUAAUAUUGUAACAGGGUUAGAUUGGAUACCUGAGCUCCUCUGUUGGAAACAGGAGCUUCUGAUCUAUCUACGUUAGAUUUUGGAAACGCAAGUGUUUGGUAAUGAUGUCUUCUAGCUGUCAGCACUCUUUAAAUCUUGGCAGACCAGAACUAAGCUUCCCAAGAACCAGUUGCGUUGAAACCAUGAGAGCCCAGCCUACAAAUCUGUGUUCUGACAUUUCUGGCUGGAGUUCCACGCUUCGGUAUGUUAGAGAGAAAAUUAGUUGAAGGAAAAUUCUCAGCAGUCAACUGUUGGUGUGGUGCAAUGCAAAAUCCAUAAAACUGUGAAUUCUUCUGGCAGAAGAGGUUGGGGAGCGGAGUUGAGACUCUCAUCUUCUUCUUCCUGAUGCUCCGGGAUAUUUGCUACAGAUGAUCCAUGUCGCCUUCCCUGGAAUCCUAAAAAGGCUCAACGAGUCCCUCAGCCCGAGACUGAUCUUUCCUCUGCGGCCCACUGUUUGAAGACGCCAGAGAAGCACCUGUUGCAGACUGCACACGUUCAUUGAUGGCGCACCUUCAACAAUCUCAGGCCCUCUCGGGCCCAGCUGUGUUCAGUCACAUCUAUUAUUGUCAGAGUCUACGGCUGAUCUGAUCUCCUCCGAAUGACUAACUUCGACUGCAAGACUGCAUUUGUCUGCUGCGAGCACUGCUAAUUAGCUUCACGUAGAAGAUCUUGGUCGGGUUCCCAGAAGCUUAAGCUGGUGACGAAGACCCGAGCUUGCAUUUAAGUUCCAACGACAGUUGCGGUCAAACGAUGAGCCGAUGCACAUGCUUGGACGGAGGCCGCCCUGUAAUCCUGCGUGCACGUGUGGCAGCGGUGGAAGAGGAGCACGAGCUGCCGCUGAUGAAUCUCCAUUCCAAUCCUUGUUGACCCUACAUGGUUGCACGUCUCCAACGUAGAACACCGGUGCCCCACCAACCCAUCAUAUCAGUCGCAUCAAACCCCACUGCGGUUCAUCUUCUUCCUCGCACCGUCUCUCGAGUGCUGUCAUGAGAAUCCAGCCCAACACUGUAAGACUAAGACCUUUCCGCCAUCUCCGCUUGAGCUUCCCCUCCCUGAUUACGAUGUCUCACGCCAAAUUUUUGCCCUCUCACCUCCUGCUUCUGACCCUGCUCCCCCUUCUCUUCUCGUCUUUGGCAUGCGUCUCUGCGUUCAGCAACACGAAAGGGAACGAACCGAGGGCCAAUGACCCGGUGCUGGCGUCCAUCACCAUGGACCCCGUUGAGAGGGACACCCUGUUCUGUGUGAUGAAGAACAUGUCCUCUGACAGGGACUGGAGGUCCUCCAACCCUGAUCCCUGCAAGCCGGACUCCUCAUGGCCUGGGAUUGAAUGCAAGCCAGGCUUGGACAACCUGCUCCAUGUCACAAGGCUGGACUUCGGCGUUGCGCCCAACCCGACCUGCAAGGAGAGCGCCACCUUCCCGUCCGAGAUCUUUGAACUCCCUUACCUCGCGUCCAUCUUCUUCUUGGACUGCUUCAAGGGUGUGGAGACCAGCCUCUCCCUUCCGCCGCCCACUCGUAAAGCAUCACCACCAGCAUAUGCUUCACUCCAGCAGCUCAGUCUGAUAUCAAACCCAUCCUUCGUAGGUGCUAUUCCAUCCCACAUUUUCUCCAUCACCUCCCUUCGGGUCCUCACUCUCUCGCAAAACCGACUGCAUGGUACAAUCCCUGACAGCAUCUCUGAGCUAAACUCCCUCGUCCAUCUCGACCUCAGCUACAACUUCCUUACAGGCAGCAUCCCGAGCCAGAUAGGUAGGCUUAAGGACCUGGUAGGCCUUGACCUAAGCUAUAAUUCCCUCGCUGGAUCCAUCCCACCAUCCAUUGGCCAGCUGCGCCUGCUUCAAAAGCUUGACCUGAGCUCAAAUUCAAUCGCUGGAAUCGUACCUGAUAGCCUCCAGAACCUCCGCUUCCUUGAUUUCUUAGCCAUCAGCAACAACAACCUCAGUGGGGAGUUCCCAAAAGGCAUAGCCAAGCUCCAGAACCUCCAGUACUUCAUAAUGGACGACAACCCAAUGUUCGUAAAGUUGCCGUGGCAGCUGGGGAGGUUGGCCAAGCUUCAAGAGCUUCGCCUAUCUAAUUCGGGUUACUCCGGCGUGAUACCAGGGAGCUUUGCUUGGCUACGAAAUCUCACCACUCUGUCCCUCGAGAACAACAGGCUCACAGGUGGGAUUCCAGCGGGGUUGAGUGACCUUGAGAAGCUGUAUCACCUUAAUUUGAGCAGUAAUUUAUUGAGUGGUGUCGUUCCCUUUGACGCUGGCUUCUUUAAGAGGCUUGGAAGUAACAUGGACUUGAGGGAGAACUCAGGACUCUGCAUCAAUGGGUCUCAGAGCCUCGACGGCAUUAACAUUGGGGUUGAUGUAUGCAGAGAUAACGGGAGUAACUCUUCGCUUCCUAAGUCAGUGGACAAAUCAGGUGGAGCUCCAUUUCAGGUCUGCAACUUCUACUUUCAGCUAAUGGGGACUGUAAUUAUCUGGAGUUGGUAACAUUUGCUUCUGUUCUUUCUUCUUUAACUUCCUCCUUAUUCCAUCAUCUCAAGUGAUAGUUUUACCUCCUCCCUCUUCUAUCAAUCUCUCUUUUGACUCUUCUUUUGGAGUUUGUAUGUUGUAGUCGUAAAAUGAAAAGUUGGAUGGAUUGACACUGCCUGAAAUUUUGGAUGUUCUUC